UAUCGAACCCCAACAUGUUGAUCUAGGUUCAUGAUUGAAAAGAUGCAUAAAGCACCAAAUUGGGGGGUGGACAACCUUUUUGGGUGCAAGUAAAGGUGAAACACGAAUUGAGCACAAGGUGAGCACAUUGAGCACAUUGAGCACAAGCUACCCACACGAUCUUCUGGGCGCAAUAAGCGUAGGAAGGAAGAAGAAGAUCGAUCCUGCAACGCGGGAAAGAAGAGAAGAAGUGACACUUCAAAGGGCGCCGAGCUGUCUUGAGAUCGAUCAUCAUGGCCUACGGGGGCUACUCCAGAAGGGGCUACACCGGGUACGACAGCUACAGCCCCAGGAAGAAAGGCCGCAAGGAGAUCGGGGCCUUCAUCGCUGUCUUCCUGAUGUGCGCGACAUUUUGUGGAUUGCUGAUAGCCUUGCUCAUGUUCCUUUUCCACAACAUGGUCAGAGAAGAGCACAUACAGAACAUGCGCUGCGCGAAGCCCAUCAUGGUGAAGCUGUCGACGGGCAUCCGGUGGACGAAGACCAUGAUGGUCUCCAACGACAACGGCAGCUGCGACAACGAGCUGCAGCAGGCGUGGUACCGCUUCGAGACGCCCUACGGAAACCGAAUGCCCGAGACGCCGACAUCGCCCGGCAUGUGCAACACCAUGGUGCCCUUCUGGUUCUACGGGCGACACCCCUCCUACCCGAGCAUGCCGAUGCCCGCGGUGGCUUGCGGCGCUGACGAGACCAACGCGUGCAGCUACCACGCCAACAUCCGGGUACAGCACUGCGGCACCUACAUGGCCUACUACCUGCAGCCGCUGCCCAGGUGCUUCAUGGCCUACUGCAUCGGGGAGCGCGGCGCGCGCAAGAAACGCAUGAACGGCACCAACUACUUGAUGCACUGGAACCUCACGACCGAGAUGAGCACGGGCGACGACACGUGACCGGGCGGCACCUGCGCGACCGACGUCACCCAGACUGGGCAUGCGCAGUUGCUGAUUUUAAUAAUACGGGCCCCACCAAAAUUCUCCUCUCGGGUAUACUGUCUACCUCCUAUGUGGCAGAAACUUCCGCAAAUUCAGGUGCUCGAAAUGCGACGUCGUUCGAGCGACCUUUACGCGGCAAAAUAAAUAGGACCCUAGCUGGUCGCACGUGUCA